AUGGAGACAUGGUACUACGUUAUUGCGAUCGUCGUGUACGUAGCAUCGACAAUGGAAGUGUGUAUCGGAUCAGAAGACGACGGUGUUCUUGAUAGACUAGCCGGAUACAAGAUAUACUUUUCAAACACGACUAUCUGGAGAACAGAAGACGCGUGUUACCAAGACACCACUCCUGACUUAGCUUCCAUGUUUUCGGUACAAACAGUUGCAUGUCCAGGUGUCGCUCGGUAUCUGACCAUCUAUAACGACCGACGGGUGAAAUCAUACGCCUGGUACUCGGAUGAAGCAUUUUUAGAACUUUGUGAAGUGGAAGUGUAUGGUUGUGCCUUGUGGCAAUACGGUGCUGGAAACUGUGCAUCACGUUGUAGCACCACAUGUGUAGACGAUCUGUGUCAUCCCACAACUGGGAAGUGCACUGAUUGCAGUGAUGGAUUCUUUAAGUCUAGUUCUAGUUGUACCCCUUGUCCUCAAAAUUGUGUUGACAGGUUAUGCAAUAAGGAGACAGGAGUAUGCUCAAAAGACUGUGAUGACGGUUUCUUUGGUCCAUUCUGUGAUCCCUGUUCUACUGGUUGUACUGAUCCUGUAUGUAACAAAACCUCCGGAUAUUGCGAUUGUAAAGAAGGUUACCAUGGAAAUGACUGCAGUCAGUUGUGUUCAACCAAGUGUAAAGGAAACGCAUGUGUUAAAGAAACUGGCUUCUGCGAAGGAUGUAAUCAGGGAUUUAGUGGCGAUGCAUGCCGUGAUCGGUGUCCCGUCAACUGCAAGGCAAACACAUGUUUUCAGUACAGUGGAUCGUGUACAGAAUGCGAACCUGGAUUCUAUGGUACCAUGUGUGACAAGACCUGUGUAUCCAUAAGCUGUAAGGACAAUAUAUGUAACCAGACUGAUGGUCAAUGCACUGAGUGUGCCCCUGGACUAUAUGGUGCUGCCUGUGACCAGAAUUGUCCGGAUAACUGUAACGAAGAGUGUGAUAGAACUACCGGAUUAUGCAACGGUUGUGAUCAGGGAGUGCAUGGCCUAUACUGCUCUGAGAUAUGUCCCAAAAACUGUCAAAGCAACACCUGCAUCCAAGACAAUGGCCAUUGUUCAGAAUGCCAAUCUGGAUACUACGGUGAGCAUUGUGAUAAAAUCUGUCCACAAAACUGCAAGGACAACAUGUGUGACAAGAACAAUGGACACUGUACAGACCUCACAGCGACAGACAGCAUUAAUACUGCUGCAAUCGGGAUAGGUGCUGGAUUUGGAGUGGUCAUUCUGGUUUUGGUCACCUUAGUUAUUAUACAGACCAGGCGUCUCUCGAUGAAGAACAAAGACACUACGGGCCCUGUUCAUAUGACUGAUAUCUUACAGCAAGCCAAUACAAACGAGUUCAGGGCAGAUAUAGAUGGUCCUUACGAAGAGACUGACACUCAAAAUGGGAAACAACAUGCCAAGAAUUCCACAGCUGACAAUGAUUAUGACAGAUUGCAUCCUAAGGAUAAGGUGGUCCCUAACCUGUACGAGAUUGCUUGAUAGAUUCGGAAUACAUGACCAUCAUCCUUAAUACAGAAAGGAAAGGUGAAUUCUAUGACCAGAACGCUUGCUGAUUAUAUUUUAAACUGUGGAGUUUAAACAUUAUGUGACCGUCUCGCUAACAUUUUCAAACGACGCAAGCUAUGCAAAAAUGAGGCUGGCGAUGUAAAUAGUGUGCGAUUGUUUACAUGUGAUAUACAAAUAAUUAAUAUAAAAUAAGUGUAUUUGUAUGCUGCCAUACUUGUUGAUUUUGAGUUAUAUUAUUUAUGUGAACAGGUUUUUUUUACCAUGAAGGCGAUUAGCAUAUACAGUAUUCAUUGUAAAUACCAAACUGUUGAUCUUGUCAGUGAUAUUUGUUCUGUUUACCAUCUAAAAAUAGAAAUAUUUCAAAGUAAUUUGUAAGUUUAUUAAACGGUUUGAGCUCAUAUUACAUGCACUUAUUUUAACGUUUCCCCCCGAUUUUCCCUUGCACAGGCCACAGGGCCAUGUUACCAACUAUAAUUUUUUGUACACUGUACCUUUCCGACAGUUCGAAAUGUUGGCUUGGUCUUCGCCCAUCUUCGCCCAUCUUCGCCCAUCUUUAUGCAUUCAGCUGUUAAAGGCAAUAGAGGUACCGGAUCGAUCACGUUGAAUUACAUGAGUUUCCAAAAGGAUGCCAACGUUUUGAUUUUGGAAUCGGAUUAUAUAACAAAUUUCUUGUCUGGGUAACGGAUUGUAAAUAUCCAACCAGCGAGCAAGAAACCAUUCUGCCCUAAGUCCGCCAAAUGUAAACAUGACAAGACGGCCGGAGCUUGGACGUAAAAUAGCUAUGAAAUACCAACGAUGAAACUUAUUAAUGGAGAAAAUACCGAACCAUUUAAAUGAGAUUUCCAUAAAAAACGUCAUAUAAAAUUUGGAAUUACAAAACGAGUGUAAAAAUAAUGAUUUCCAUAUUCGAAGUAGUCCAACCUUGUAUUUUCAAAAGACGCAACUAAUGCGAAAAAGAGCUUGAUUGAUUAUGCGAUUUCUAAUAUACAAUUGAAAUGUAUAUUUCUCAUGUACACGUAUAUGUUUGAUUGUGUUCCUUACAGGAAAUGGAAAAAUAGUGUUACUUUAAUUAUUAACUCGUUCAAGAUAUGAUAACCUUUAUUUGUUUUCUCCAGUUCUAUACAUGUUACAUGCAAUAACAUAGUAACUCUCGACAAAUAUAAUCGGUUAAUUCUGUUACAUCCACUUAGUACUAUUAAAGUGUUGUGACAGUUGCCAUCAAGCGGAACAUGGUUUAAAUAAUCCUACAUACAUGAAUAUGUAAGACAUUCAUUUUUCACACUGUUUUAUUUUAGUGAUCGUACUAACGAAGUAAAACUUCUAUAUUUUGUGGUUAUGAAACGAUAACUAUGUGAAUAUUUUGUAAAAAUAUUUUUAAUCAAUAAAGCAUUUCAUACCAGACUUAAACUAGAUUUGUUUUUCACGUAUAAAAGACUAAUGAAAUGAAGAACUAGGUACAUACGUUUCUGUAUAUUGAUAGCUAUAUGGUCAAACUUAAAA